AUGCUUGACGAUGAGGAUCAAAAGUCCAUACCGCCAAGGACUUGGCCAAAAACAGAAGAUUAUGAACGAGACCUUGGCGCAAGGGGAAAGCAUAUUCUGACAGGCGGAGGAAGUCGUCGGCAAGGACUCAAUCGGUGGUACGACUCCACUAUUCAGCUAAUUGUCGGAAGCAGCGGUACGAAUGGUUUGUGCAUAGAGCAUUCGCCGACGGAAGGAAUUGUUAUCGUCAAUAUGGCAGAAAGUGCACUUCGAUAUGAACGAGAAAAUAGGGAACGAACAUUGAUAUAUACAGCAGAAAGAGAAAUUUCCGCGAAACCGCUUACUUGGCAUGUGGACAAAGCUGCCCUGGAACUGCUAGAAAUGCAGAAGACAACACUGGAUGAGUAUGUUUCAAAUAAAGAUCUUUUACUAAGAAAGAAGCGCACGACAGAUUUACUGAUGCUAGACUGA